AUGGCUAUCGCCAACGCUUUCUUGAGUCCUGCUGCUGCUGCUACCUUCGCUCCUGUUCGAUCCAAGUUGUCCCAUUCCGAUUGUGACUUCUUAACUCCUCACUUGAAUCUCUCCUUUUCCGCCUCCUCAUCUAAACUCACCCGCGGGUUAUUUCAUUCCGGAAUCACUACCAAAAGGAAUAUUAGUUGCGCUUCGAUCGAUGGUGUGGAAUCAAAAUCAGUGCAGGAUAGAGAUGGUAUUCCUAUGCCGAUUGUUCUGAUAGAUCAAGAUUCUGACUCUGAUGCAACAAUAGUACAAGUUAGCUUUGGCGAUCGUCUUGGUACUCUCAUUGACACGUUUUAUUAUUUGGUAUCCGUUAUGCAGUUGUUUUUGAAAGAUUUGAAAGUAGUUCAUGAGUCUUGGUUUUCUCUGGAGCAGAUGAAGGCACUAAAAGAUCUUGGUUUGGAUGUUGUGAAAGGAACUGUCAACACUGAGGCCUCAGUGAUAGAAACAAAAUUUUUCAUCACACAUCUCUAA